AUGCUCCAAUUUCUCUUCCUGGCCGUCCUGACUUAUUCUGCUGCCGCACAAUGUCUUCCCGGAGAUCUUUCUUUUGAAUCCUAGUGAGUAUUAGAAGUUCUGACCACUGUAUUAAUCAAAAUUUCCCAACAUUUCAGCUGCUUCUCAUUCAAUCGGGUGCAUGGAAGUUUUGAUGAUAGUAAUAACUUGUGUAUCAAGACAACUGGUGGACAUUUGGUGACGAUUUAUAAUAUCAUCGAGAACAAUUGGAUUCAGAGUGAGCGAUUUUUGAUGAGUUUUAGUAACGCUAACAAAAACGUUUCUUUUGCAGAGUUUGCUGUCUCUAAUCUGGAUGCUGAUUACGAUUACUUCUGGAUUGGAGCCAGUGAUCGUGCUAAGACAUACAAUUGGACAUGGAACGAUGGAACCGCAUUGAACUUCACCAACUGGGGACCAGGAGAGCCGCUCGAAGACCGUCACUGCGGAACCAUGCAGUUGUCGACUGGAAAGUGGUUCACCGAAGUUUGCAGCGUCAAGCAUCAGUUUGUGUGCCAAUACCCUCAAAGCGGUGGACCAACUGGCAUUCCAUUCACUUGUCCGACAUGUCCAACUUGCUCCAAGUAA